AUGUUUCCCGAAAUAAAUCCCCCGAGGAAAAUGUCGUUUCAAGCAGACCCGGUCGAUUUCAAAGAAAAGCUCAUAGCAGCGGUGAAGAAAGAGGUCAAGCAGGUGAUGGAGGAAGCCGUCACCAAGAAGUACAUACACGAAGAGUCCUGCUCGGUGACGGCCCUGUGUGCAGCGGUCGAGGCCUGCCUGAGCCAGGGUCUGCGCCGGCGGGCUCUCGGCCUGUUCAAGACAUCAUCCACGACGGCCCUUCUGCACAAGGUGGCCAAGCACUGCCCCGAAGCCGCCUGUAUCAGUAAAAAGGUGCAGGACAUCGAAAACAGUGACCCAAACAAGCGGUCCUCCUCCAGCAGCGACAGCACGAAUAAACCACCGAUACUGAAAAAGGGGAGCAGUAACUCCGUAUCGACUACCACACCGCCCCAGACGACGACCGUUGUGAAAUACCUCUGGAUACGGUUGGCCUUGUACGAGAAGAAACUGUCCCGCAUCAUCGACCACCUGGUAACGAAUGCGACGCGAUACUAUGAACGAGACUCACUCGUCGCCGAUCCAGAUUGCGGUUCCAUACUGAGCUCACUUCUUGUGGGACCGUGCGCUCUCGAUUACUCCCGUGCCAAAACUGCCGACCACUACUGGACCGAUCCGCCCGCGGACGAAUUGGUACAGCGACACCGAAUCAGCUCGAGCAAUCCGACACCACCGGCUUACCGAAGACCAAUGUUGAACUUCAAGCGAAGCCUUCACACCAGCUCGGACGAGGGCAGUAUGGCGUCGUUCAAGUCCAACAGCUUGGCGUCAGCCUCGAAGGACUACGUGGAAUCACUUCAUCAGAACUCACGCGCUACGCUACUGUACGGCAAGAACAACGUUCUCGUCCUUCCGAAGGACGUCAGUGAACCGAUGCCGGGGUACCUUAGUCUGCAUCAGACGGUACAGUCCCUCACGAUCAAGUGGACACCGAACCAGCUGAUGAACGGCUACACCGAGACGGACAACAUCGACAAGAGCUCGUACUGGGCGUACGCGUUGAACGUGAACGUCGACGAGAUCGUGUACGUCCAUUGUCACCAAGCACGUGGUGGUGAUACAGGUGGUACCAUCAUUCUCGUGGGACAAGAUGGCGUCCAACGUCCACCGAUUCACUUCCCCGAGGGUGGCCAUAUGGCGGCGUUCCUGAGCUGUCUCGAAACAGGUCUGUUACCACACGGCCAGCUAGAUCCGCCGUUGUGGUCCCAGCGGGGCAUCGGACGUAUCUUCCCGUGGCCACAAAAAUCACGCCGCCGGCCACUUCCAUCACUGCUCGAGAACAACGACGAGAUGCCAAUUGACUAUGUGUUUCGGGUGGUAAACAAGGGUAACACGGAUGAGUUUCUGGCCACACACUCGAUACUGGAGCUGGGACGUACGAGUCCACGGUAUCGGGCCCAGCUGAGCAGCUGUUCGACGAACGAAAGCAGUGACUGUUCCAGCAAGAGCCUCUCGAUCGAUGCCAUGUCCAUCGACAGUCCGAAUCCCCAAACGAACCAGUCCACCAGUAUCGCCCUCGUGUGCUCGACAAUGAAGCGGCAAAUCAUUUCGCGCGCCUUUUACGGUUGGCUCGCGUACUGCCGCCAUUUGUCCACGGUCCGGACGCACCUGUCGGGGUUGGUGAAUGGGCGCAUCACACCGGAAGCUGGUGCCGAGGAGGGUCUAACACGAUCGCGCUGGGAAAGCCUGCACGAUGGAAACGGUGUCGUAGCGGACGAUCAGGAAGUUUAUCGGUUGGUGUACUACGGUGGCGUUGAGCACGACAUCCGGAAGCAGGUGUGGCCGUAUCUGCUCGGACAUUACACCUUCGGGAGUACGCCUGACGAACGGGCUGAGCUGGAUGAGACGGCCAAGCACUACUACGAAACUACCAUGAGCGAGUGGCUGGCGGUCGAAGCGAUCGUACGCCAGCGGGACAAAGAGAAGACGGCUGUGGCCGUGGCCAAACUGAGCUCGGGAAGUGGCAGCAUGGAGAACAAGAGCAAAACCAUCGAUCACGACGCAGACGGUGAGGAGGAGGAAGAGGAAGAGGAGAUGGAGAACGAGGUGUUCGAGGAAAAUGGCUUUUCCGACAUGUCCGAACCCGAGGUCGAGGGAGAGGAAAAGCCGGAAAGCAAAUCGAAAGCGGCCAAGGCAGCCAUCACGCUUCCGGUGACUGCUCACGGGACUGCUGUGGAGAAGGAAAAUGACCCGGAACAGGAUGUGAAUGGACGACCCGAGGCGGACGAGCAUGAUCAGGAACAGGACUUUGAUAGCAACAAGAGUUCUCCUUCCGAUUCGUCGUACGCUACGGUCGGGAACGAUUUUAUCGACGUGGCGGACAUCAUAUCCCCUAUGGGUGAAGCGGGAAUCGAGCGCAUGCAGGAAGGUGAAGAUGACGAACCAGAGGAGAAUGCUGACGUGCAGGAGGAUCCGGAAUCGCCACACUCUCCAGAGCAACCACGUGCCGUCAUCGUUACUGAUGCGUCCAUCGAUGUCACCAUGAUGCCGACCGAGGUCCGAGAGCUCAACAACAACAACAACAACAACACGUUGUCAACUUUGGCGGAAGAAGGCAGCAACCAUCAGCAAGCACUUGAUUCGCUGCAAGAGCCCAAGUCAGCAUGCGUGUCACCGGCCAGUUCAAACGGGGGCAUCUACAGUAGCGAACUGCUGGAAUCGUUCGGGUUGAAUCUGCAUCGCAUUGAGAAGGAUGUGCAGCGGUGCGAUCGCAACUACUGGUAUUUUGCCAACGAGAACCUGGACAAGCUGCGAAACGUCAUCUGCACGUACGUCUGGGAGCAUCUAGACGUCGGGUACAUGCAGGGCAUGUGUGAUCUCGUCGCGCCCCUGCUAGUCAUAUUCGACGACGAGUCCCUAAGCUACGGUUGCUUCUGCCGAUUUAUGGAGCGCAUGAUCGAAAACUUCCCCAACGGUGGUGCGAUGGAUAUGCACUUUGCCAACAUGAGAUCCCUGAUACAAAUCCUGGACUCUGAGAUGUACGAUCUGAUGCACGCGCACGGUGACUACACGCACUUUUACUUCUGCUACCGUUGGUUCCUGCUCGAUUUCAAGCGCGAGCUCAUCUACGCCGACAUCUUCUCCGUGUGGGAGGUGAUCUGGGCGGCUAAGCAUGUCGCAUCGGCCCAUUUUGUGCUGUUUCUGGCGCUGGCCCUGCUAGAAACGUACCGUGAUAUCAUUCUCUCCAACAGCAUGGACUUUACGGACAUUAUUAAAUUUUUCAACGAAAUGGCCGAAAGGCACAACACACCCGCCGUUCUGAAGCUGGCGCGAAGUUUGGUCCUGCAACUGCAAACCAUCAUCGAAAACAAGUAAGCUGACCACGGGAUGGUUGCGUGGCGUUCGCUCC